CUUGAUCCAAACCGCAGAGCAGGCUCUGUGGGAGCAGAUCGCGCUCUGAAGGGAAGCACAGUCCGUUUUCUCUCUGCUUUAAUCAUUCCUGAUGAGCGCAGUCAUUAAUUAAUGAGGCCUUAAUGCGCCAGCCCUAAAUAAAUAAAAUAAUCGUCCUGUAAAUAUAACUUCGGGAAGUCUUCAGUCGAAUGAACGUUCAUAAUUAGGGUCUGCAAAAAGGUAAUGGGCAAUCAACGCUCUCCUAAUACACCGUGACUCUGAUUCUUGUGUUGCGCUACACUUUGUAAUUUCUAAGCAGUGAGCAGUAAGCGGAGUAGCUUCUCUCGCUCUUUUUUGGGGGGGUUAUCACGAUGUGGCAGCACAGUCUGCGAACCGCGAGUUCGUAAGGUCCCAGAAAAUAAUUUUAAGAAACAAGAAAUACUUUGGAUUUCGCCGGCACUUCCAGGACCGGACCGGACCCGGUUCGAUGCGAAUUCCCUGUCCUCUGUUGGGCGGUACAACCCAGAUACCGUGCACGGAGCGCCACUGGAAAUAACGAGGGGAAUAAUUUAGAAGGAUUAGGCGAGACGCCGUAAUUACAGCGAGAGAUCCGCUCCGCUCGCUCCUGCCUUUUCCUUCCCUGCUUCCAUUCACCCGCUCUUGUGCGCGAGAGGUGGAAAGAUCCAGAGCGAGUGAGACUGGGGAAGGAGAAGGAGGAGGAGGAGGAGGAGAAGGGGGGAGCGGUGGGGGUGUCUGAGCAGGAGAACAGCGAAACUACCAAGGAGAAACACAAAAGCUCGGGGAAUGAGAACCAACUCCGGCUCGUCGGCGGCUGUUCCGGGCACGGCGUUUUGAAGGGUGCAGCAGCUGCACCCCGGCUCCCGGCCGCAGCUCGCCUCUCGGAGACCAGCGUGCUGCCUGCAGUGUGAGGAGGAGCGGCGCGGGCGCGAGGAAGGCAUGCUGUGGGUGCGCAGGUAGAGCGGGCCCCCGGGGAGACGGGACCCUGCGCGCCGCCGCGGUGCACCAUGGCGUUCACCCUGUCGGAGAUCAUGGCGGCCAGGCGGCAGCACCAGCAGCAGCACGGCGCCCGGGCGGCGGUGGACGUGGAUGAGUACAGCGCCAACCCGACCCAGGCCUUCACCUUCUACAACAUCAACCAGGGCCGCUUCCAGCCCCCGCACGUCCACAUGGUUGACCCGCUGCCGCACGACGCUCCCAAACCUCCCGGCUACACCCGCUUCGUGUGCGUCUCGGACACCCACUCCCGCACCGACGCCAUCCAGAUGCCCUACGGAGACGUGUUCAUCCACGCCGGCGACUUCACGGAGCUCGGCCUGCCCAGCGAAGUCAAGAAGUUCAACGACUGGCUCGGUACCCUGCCCUACGAGUACAAGAUCGUCAUCGCAGGAAACCACGAGCUGACCUUCGACCAGGAGUUCAUGGCGGACUUGAUCAAGCAGGACUUUUACUAUUUCCCCUCCGCGUCCAAGCUGAAGCCCGAGAACUACGAGAACGUCCAGUCUCUCCUGACGAACUGCAUCUACCUGCAGGACUCGGAGGUCAGCGUGAGGGGCUUCCGAGUGUACGGCUCGCCGUGGCAGCCCUGGUACUACGGAUGGGGGUUCAACCUGCCGCGAGGACAGGCCCUGCUGGACAAGUGGAACCUGAUCCCCGACUCCACGGACGUUCUCAUCACGCACUGCCCCCCGCUGGGUUUCUUGGACUGGGUUCCGAAGAAAAUGCAGCGCGUUGGAUGCAUGGAACUGCUAAAUACGGUUCAGAGAAGAGUACAACCGAAACUUCAUGUGUUUGGGCAUAUUCAUGAAGGUUACGGCGUGAUGACCGACGGCGCCACCACGUUCGUCAACGGCUCGGCCUGCACGGUCAACUUCCAGCCCAUGAACCCGCCCAUCGUCAUCGACCUGCCGACCCCCAGGAGCACGUGACCGGGACGUCCUUCCUGUGGCCAGAGCCGGACGAGGCAGCUGGGUUUGCAGGGGCGGGGGGGUGUAAAUACGAACUGGGGGUCCGCUGCGCCUCAGCUUCAUGUAGCAGUAGAUGUGCAGUGUUGUGUGCUGUCGUGUCUCCUGUGGGCAGUUGGGCGCGGAGCCUGAGGGGUGCGGUCCAGUGAAAACGGAUGUUUCGGUAUUUGUAUUCUUUUUUGUAGCACUUAAAUCGGCUGACAAUCUUUAAUAGCGACUGCAAGUGAUCGGGACUGCUGGAAGCCUUUUCUUUUCAGUCACAGUGGUAUGAGCAUUUCACAUGGCAGCUUUGUAACACAGGUUACGUGUUAAUGUGCUUUUUCAUAUUUAUUCUGUUUUUUUACGUUGUUGACAUGCAUGAACACCUGCAUCCCCUCAGAGCGCGGUGACACCACAAGCACGGCGCAGCUCUGUGUGCGCGCCACGCGCGGCCGGGCCCGGAUCUGACUGUUCUCCGCGCAGCCGCCCGGAAUGCGCCGGAGGGCAGCGGCACCAUGCAGAUGAGCUCGUGUCUUUAAAAGGGAGCGCGCAUUCCCAGGCGAUCCGACAGGAGACUGAGACCAAGAGACAGCCGCCAUGAAUGACAGCGGCUUCCGUCUAAUUCACGGGAAGUCUUGUGCACUGAUGUGAAAAGAGACGUGAGUGGUGUCGAUCAUUCCAGCUCCCAGCCCCGCAGGAAGUGAAAACGCACGUUUCGCUGCAACAUUCCCAGAGCUCUGCACAGGUGACAGACCCAGCUGGGCCAGUCUGAAUGAAUCCACAGCACUGUGCACGACUCCCCAGUGCCAUAGAUGGCUGGAAAUAAAUGCUCCUUUUAAAUUGCCUAAGUGCAAAGCUACAUAUUGCACUUCUUAGAAUUAGACCUGUGUUCAGGUUUCGUUGAGCCUCAUGCCAUUAAAGGCCGAGAACGUACAGAUCAGAGCAGUCAGGGACUGGGCAGGAGCUGCCACAGGGCUCCAUUCAACACAAUGUCAAACGCAUUGACGCGUCUCCCUGAAGGCUCAUUAAAAGUUUCUCUUAGCUUCCAAUUCUUUUGAAAAUAAGUUCCAGGCUCCUGUUUUUGCUCUUGGAGUAAUUUCUCUGUGCCUAAUAAGCUCAAGUAUUCAGCCUUUCAUCAUCCAUCACAGUGUAACAUUGCCAGCUUUCCAGAGCUGGGCGCCCUGCACAGCAGAUCCUCUGUCACACCAGCAGGGUGCGCAUGGUGAACCUUGCAAGGUCCCUGUCGAUUCAAUUUUACCCUUUAUUGUUAAGAAUGUAAUUGCAUUUGGGAAAAGGAUAGUUUCUGGAACAUCUUUUCACAACUUUAAAAUAACCACUCAAACAGAAACAGAGCUCUAGAGUGCUAUUUUCUGACUAUAUAACAGUGCAGGUAUUAGCUGUCGCUCAGGUGUGUGUGUGUGUGACGUGUGUGUUUCUAAUUAAGGGGAAAAAGCACAUGUUUGCAGCAGCUGGAAUUUUGUGUGGUUCUUGAUUCGUGACUUGUUUAUGGAGCAGAGCAACUGAAUUUCCUUGUGAUAUCAGAGUAAUGCAAUUGACUGAAAAGUGACUGGUGCAGUGAAGGGUGUAAGAUAGCAAGCACCCAUCUUGAGGAAAUCUGGCUUUGAAUCACUACAGGCAACUGGAAAUGGGCUUCUCCGCCUUUAAAAACAGCCAAGGUUUGUAUCAGAUUGGCGUUUCCCCAGACUGUGCAACAGCGCAGUUCUUUGUACCAUCGUGCAUUUACUGUGUGGCCAUGCAGGCUGCACGUUUGCAAAAGAGAAAGGUAAUGUUAUAUAACUAAUGUAACUUUUAACAUCAGUUUUUCCUCCAGAACUGGGGCAUUUUUAAUGCAAGAUGGUGGUUCAGAGGCAUCAAUGCAAUAAAAUAACUACAAUGAAAAAAAACCAUGCAGAGAUUAAUCCCACACGGUGGAAAGCAGACAGAAGAAAAAGAAACUAUCUGGCUGGAGAAUGGCCAGAAUGAAUACACACAGGACAGUUCAGUGGCCCAGAAUGCAUAGCAAGUGUAUUGCCAUGAAAACAAGCUAGAGUCCUGGAGUCUAAGAAAGCCACAGUGAAUAAAUUGCACAAAUUAAAGAGGAUGGGAGCACACCAUGACGUUUCCGCAGCACAGUCACGUCUCUGAUGUUGCUGUAGAGGCGACGAGAGGUGUGUGUGUGCUGAAGCAGGGGCACCUGCCCUCCUGGUGUUAUUUCCCCUGUCUCUGCUGACCAAGCCACCACCAGUGAACAGAUUUCGGAGGACUAUCCUCAAGCCAGCCACCUGGUUCCUGGAUCUGAAUGUUGUUUUCAAAGGCCUCUCUCUGUGGACUCAGUUAAACAGCUCCCGUGCCUUCUGCACUACCAGACCAGCUCAGUUUGGGCUUCAAUCCUAAUCCGGUUUUUAAAGUUAGAAAAGGGCAUCCACUGCAGAAGGUAAAUUGGCUUGUAAAAUAUUUCAGAAAUGUAGAACGUAGCAGUUCAUCAGAGAAUUUUUGUAAGUCUUGCCAAACGAAAUCGCUUUAGUAGAUUGCUAAGUGCUCAUUGGUCAAUGAAUUCUCACCAAGAGCUGAAUUUUAAAAGAGCAGUACCUGGUAAUGAGUAAAUGACAUGGAUGUUGUUUUGAAGUGACAUUCUUCGCACAAGUUAGACGAAUAACACAGUUGCUUAUAUUUAAGCCAUAAAAUAAUUGGGUUUUUUAACACAAAAAAUAUAGUCAUAGCAGAAUCACUGCUCUUGGAUGUAUUUCGGUAGAAUACAAAAUGUAAUAUGUCUGGCAUGUACUUAGAUGUAAUAACUGAUGUCUUUUUGGGGGUUUUUGGGUCAGUGUUUUCUUCAGCAGCGAGCAGAGCUUAAUUCACCCCCUCCCCAGCUGAAAACUCAGUGCUGUGUAUUGGAAUGAUCCUGGUGGCUGCUGGAUCAUGGCUUAAGCUGAGAGUGACUGGGAUGCCCUGAGCAGCAGUUGGUGCCUUUCAAUCGCGGGCAGGGCCAGGGUCUGCCAGUCUCGCAGUGGUGCAGUAGGUCCCAUAACUUGCCAGGUGCCGGCUGGCUGUCUGCCUGGCUGUGACGAGAGUGCAGGGUGCACUGGUUUGCCAAUCAGGGCUGACUCUCCUGCAGGGUGCUCUGGAGCCCGUGGGCCUCCUGAACGAACUGCUCUGAUGGGUGGGCGCGUCAGGCUCACAUGCCUACAGCUCCUGCUUCUCAUUUCCCAGUUGGGUGUGCACGUCGUAAAAAAAAAAACUGUAAAUACUGCUGAUCCUGUCCCUUUUAAAGUGCAAGCACAGCAAUAGCUUGCCAGUUCUGGUUCCACACAACCGUGCAAUCCCACUGAAGGGAAACUGGUUUUCUUUUUUCCCCUCCUGCAUCUUCUCUGUGCUGGUCCAGUGCAGCCAGUGGGCUCCGUCCGGCAAGUUGUGGGAACCGGGAAGAGCAGGCGAGAGGGUUUCAGAGUAAGAGCCGGGAGUCUUGAGCAGCUGCUGUAGUCAUAGCAGAUGCACCGGCGAUGCAAAAAUCUAGCAGAGAAAGUGUAUAAAUGUUUUCUUAGGAUUUCUAUUAAAAUGACAAUGAUGUGAGUGUAUACCUGAAAAUGCAUUUUGAUUGUAUAUUUUCUUUUACUGAAUUGCCUGAAUACUGAACUGUGUAGAUUGUGGAGUUUCGUUACGCAGUUCUGUACAGCUCCUCUAUAUAUUCCACUUUCUUUGGUAACCAAAUGUGUUUGUUGCUGUUGUGUUUCUGGUUUGUUGGGGCAUGCUGUUCUGAAGUCAAAAAAAGACUUUUUCCUUUGGCAAUAUUAAUGUGUUGAGUGUUUUCUUUUUAUUAUACUAUGGCCAAUAUUGCUUUAAUGUAAAAAUCCUUAUAACAACAUUGACAAUUUUUAUAAUGAUCUGCCAUACAUAUUGUGCACAUUGAAAAAUAUCUAGUUUGAAUACAUACGACAGGCAAAUUUAUUCUUUUUUAAAAUGAGAUGUAUGUUUCUGCUGUUUUGCUUUUUUGCAAUUGCUUUGAGCAGUCGUGCAUUUGCACUGUAUAGUGGUCAAACUCUUUUAUUCUAGAAUCCAUCUCCUGCCUUUUCUCAGAAUGAGGUUUCCAAGUACUGGUUGCUUGAUCUUAUUUCUCUGUGUAUAAGAAAUGCUGGUUGUGGGACUGAAUGUCACUUAGAAUUAGAUUUUUCCCAAUAGAAUUCCAUUUUAAUUGCAAGUAUUUAGCGAAACGUUUUUUCUUUCAAAAUUUACAUAAAUCAUUAACGCUUCUUCCAUUACCAUCAGAUAGUUAAAGUACAAAGUGUACAUCGUCAUACCAAUAAAUGAAAGAAAUAUAG